AAGUAUAAACCCCCCACGCCCAAACCCUCGCUUUCAUCACCACCCUUUUUCUCCAGUUUAAUUUUUUCUGCUCUUUGAAAAUCAAAGGGAAUUCAUUUCCCAGCAAAAUUUUCAAGAAGCCUACUACGAAAUACGGGCUGACGCCUAACGAAUCAUCUGAUACUGACAAAUACAGUUUAAGGGCAUUCGAGAAAAGUUGAGAAAAAGGGUCCUUUAUCACCUGACAAAUUACGUACGCUAACCAGAGUGUUUGGAAUGCCGCCGGCGGCCGGCGUAUUGCCACAGGGCGAUCGGAUUCCAAUGAAGCCAAUGGUGGUGCCAGCGGUGGUGCAACAGCCUCAGCUUCCGAUGAUGACGGCGGCAUCGGAGGCGUUCGCCAAAGACGCCAUCAUCGCGUGGUUCCGCGGUGAGUUUGCAGCAGCUAACGCCAUCAUCGAUGCACUCUGCUGUCACCUCACGCAGCUGGAGGGUGGAGCCGGGGUGUACGAAUCGGCUUUCGCGGCAAUUCACCGCCGUAGAUUGAACUGGAUCCCGAUUUUGCAGAUGCAGAAGUAUUACUCGAUUGCUGACGUCACACUGGAGCUCAAUAAAGUCGCCGAGAAGAAGAAAGCGGAGAAUAUUGACGUGGAAGUGAGGAAGAUUCAGGAGGUGGUGGACGACGGUGACUGUACGGCGGCGAUUAACGACAAAGAGAAACAGAAAGAGAAGAAUCUGGAAAGUUCGUUGGAGAAUAAUGAAAACAGCGGAGGUGAGGUAGUGGAUGAAGAUUUCACGUCUGAAAUUACAGACACAGGGUCUCAAGAAGUGCAGCCCUUUUCAGAACACAUGGACCUAUGUUCUAACCACGACCAAUGUGAGGCGCGCCGUGAACAGAUCAAGAUGACAAAAGGGUUCGUAGCUAAGGAGCCAGUAAAAGGGCACAUGGUGAAUGUUGUUAGAGGUCUUAAGUUGUAUGAAGACAUAUUCACUGAUGUUGAGCUCUCUAAAUUGAAUGACUUUGUGAAUGAACUCCAAGUUGCUGGUCGGAAUGGUGAACUCUCAGGGGAAACCUUUAUUUUAUACAAUCAGCAGACAAAAGGAAACAGGAGAGAGUUGGUCCAGCUUGGGGUUCCUAUUUUCGGGCACAUAAAAGAAGAUGAAACAAAUAAAUUCCAGAAAAGCUAUAUUGAGCCAAUCCCAGCGCUUCUCCGAGGUGUAAUUGACCACUUGAUUCAAUGGCGUUUGAUUCCAGAAAGUAGGAAACCAAACAGCUGCAUCAUUAACUUUUUCGAUGAGGGGGAAUAUUCUCAACCAUUUCUUAAACCACCUCACUUGGAGCAGCCUCUUUCGACCCUCCUCCUCUCUGAAUCAACAAUGGCUUUUGGUCGCAUGCUUGUAAGUGAUGGGGAAGGGAAUUAUAGAGGACCUCUCAUGCUUUCUUUGAAGGAAGGGUCUCUUUUAGUCAUGAGGGGAAAUAGUUCUGAUACAGCACGGCAUGUUAUGUGCUCCUCCCUAAACAAGAGGGUAAGCAUUACUUUCUUCAGAGUUCGAACAGUAGACAGCAACCCAUCGGAGAUAACACCUUUGUCUAAAGCAAUGACGUUAUGGCAACCUGGCGUUCCAUCUCCAUGCACAAUACCAAAUGGCUAUGAGCCAAUGAAUAUGAUCCCCAAAUGGGGUCUCAUGCGGACUCCUAUGGUUAUGUUAGCUCCAGUUCGCCCAGUGGUCAUGAGCCCUAGAAGGGUUCCCCGUGGUGGUACAGGGGUGUACUUGCCAUGGACCGUUGGAUCACGAAAGCAUGCAAAGCAUCUUCCGCCACGCGCCCAGAGAGGACGUUAUCUUGCUCUGACUUCCCCAAGUGACGCGCAUAAACCUGAGACAGGUUGUGACUCAGGGGCAACCAGCCCUUAAAGGAUGUGCUGUAAGUUAAAUUGUUUCAGCAUCCUUUGGAAUUUUCAAGUAACUUGGCGAAAAUCUCCUGCUCUACGAAUGCAUUUUCUACUGUAAUUUCAGUUCAUGUGGUGAGAACGAGUUUGUGCUUUCUCUUUCCUAAGGCAGCUAGGUGUUAACGUUGGUUAUACAUUUAAUAUCAUGUCCGAUUGGCUCUAAGCUCCAGAGAAUAGUUGAGCUUCAAGUUAAGAGGUCUGCGGUGUAGUCCUAAAAAUAGAGGGUUCUUGUAUCAACUUUAUCUCUUAAGGAUGGAGUGCUUUUAGAUUACAACUACGUACAGUUCCUUCUCCUCGUGCGAAAGCAAAUACUUUGCCGUUCU